AUGGAUUGCCUAAAACUGUUAGAGAGUUUGGAUAUUUUUGGUCAUGCUGGAUUCUGCGUAGGUGUUGAAAAGUCUCAAUUGUUGCAAAAUUCAUUACUUAUUUUACAGCAUGAAAAUCACUUUAAGAAAUGUUAUUACUGGGGAAAAAUCAGUGGAACUAAAAAUGAUUAUCACAUAGCAUAUGGAUAUCAGAAAGAGUGUUUAGAGGGACAAACAUACUUUUACAGUAUGGAUGGUUUAACUUGGUUACUGAUGCCUGAACCUAGUAAAUGCGCGAUUUUGUUGACCCCUUUAGCCGUUACCAAUUUCGAAGGCGACCCAUCAAUACAAACGAACAUAUACGACGCUAAUCCACCUUAUCCGCCUAAUGAUGAUGCGGAACGUUUUCAAGAUGGACCAGUCGUGAAACAUCUCAAAGAAGAAGAUCGUCUUGCUGCUACUGUAUACUUGAUCAACAAUGAUGGAGCUAUCAUUCCCAGAGGUGGAUGGUUGAAAACUGCAGAAGGCAAAAUUAUUGAAAACUCGAGCUUUGAAGGCUUGCAAUACAACGAAGCGUCACAACUAAAGUCUUAUUUGCAUGCAAGGUUACCGCAAAAUAAAUGGAAUGCUAAUUUACGUACUAGGCAGGAUUAUAAUUACGCGUUUGAUUUUUUGGAUACCGCGGAAGAAGAUGUUCCUACAGGAUGCUGGAGUCUCCAAUUUUUUCAAGGGGGUCGUUUAGCAAUAUUGCAUAGUUUGUAUUGGCCGGGAAUGGUAUUUUAUCACAAAAUAAGUACUCCACAUCAUGGUUUCCUCUACAUUGGGUAUGGAAAAAAGAACAUGGAUGUUCCUUUUAUGUUGUAG